GAUGUAAAUAUAUAAAGGUCUUCAAACCUCGACUUCAUGAUAGAAGAAUAGUCCACCACCACCCAACAAACUCAUUCGCCUUCCCCUCACGUGUCUCCUUCAUCACCAACACCAACCUAACUUUUCACAAUGGCCAAGUUCACUGCCCUCGUCGCGGCCGGCGCUGCCACCCUCGCCUCUGCCGUUCCCUUGGAGUCUCGCCAAGUCAUCCCCAACUACCCUCCCAACGAGAUCUCCACUGGCUUCCGUCUCGUCGCCAACGUCACCGACCCAGCGACAGACUUGACUCCCUCGGUCGACGGCUGGGAACUUGCUGGCAUUCACGUCGGCGCCGGUCUGAACGCCGCUGUUCUCAACGACGUGGCUGGUACUGGUAGAAUCUUCUACCACAACGGCACCGCUGAAGAAGUCCGCUACGGCCGAGGCAGCAUCGUGACAGACAGCGGCAGCCCGCCGUUCCCCUCGGGCAUCGACGUGCAAAGCGAGACGGAGCACGACGCCACGUACCCCGCCGAGCACGCCGUGGCCAUCAACGGCGGCAGCGGCACUAUCGGGGUAUCUCUCCUGCCGCACCCGGACCCGUACUUCUACGUGACGGCGCUCGCGCCCGGCACGUUUGUGGCGUGCCCGCGGACGGUGCCGUACUACAACGAGGAGUUCAUCGUCGUGCGCUUCGCCUACGACAGCUGGGACCCCGAGACCGCGCUCCCCGUGCGCAACAUCCCGCAGGGCUGCACGGCCAUCACGCUCAUCCCCGAGUGCGAUACCUUGGCUGCGCUGCCUGCGGGCAGCCUCUCCAGCCACGACGAGGCGAGGAACUCCAAGUGCUACAAGGAUGUCUCUGCUAUCAACUGGCCUGAGUACGGACCUUAGAUGGUUCUGUCAGGGUGGCUGCCAGGGAGUUGGAGGGGAGGAAAAGAAAAAGAAAAGGAAUUGUUCGUAGAAGUAGAGAAAAAGGUUGCAUUGUUCACCAAAC